GCUGAAGGCACUUCCGGUGAGCAUCUAGACGUUUCCUGGGCUUCUCUGGCGCCAAAAUGUCGUUCGUGGCUGGGGUUAUUCGGCGGCUGGACGAGACGGUGGUGAACCGCAUCGCGGCAGGGGAAGUUAUCCAGCGGCCCGCUAAUGCUAUCAAAGAGAUGAUUGAGAACUGAUGCAAAAUCCACAAGUAUUCAAGUGGUUGUUAAAGAGGGAGGCCUGAAGUUGAUUCAGAUCCAAGACAAUGGCACUGGCAUCAGGAAAGAAGAUCUGGAUAUUGUAUGUGAGAGGUUCACUACAAGUAAACUGCAGUCCUUUGAGGAUUUAGCCAGUAUUUCCACCUAUGGCUUUCGAGGUGAGGCUUUGGCCAGCAUAAGCCAUGUGGCUCAUGUUACUAUUACAACAAAAACAGCUGAUGGAAAAUGUGCAUACAGAGCAAGUUACUCAGAUGGAAAACUGAAAGCUCCUCCUAAACCGUGUGCUGGCAAUCAAGGGACCCAGAUCACGGUGGAGGACCUUUUUUACAACAUAGCCACGAGGAGAAAAGCUUUAAAAAAUCCAAGUGAAGAAUAUGGGAAAAUUUUGGAAGUUGUUGGCAGGUAUUCAAUACACAAUUCAGGCAUUAGUUUCUCAGUUAAAAAACAAGGAGAGACAGUAGCUGAUGUUAGGACACUACCCAGUGCCUCAACCGUGGACAAUAUUCGCUCCAUCUUUGGAAAUGCUGUUAGUCGAGAACUGAUAGAAAUUGGGUGUGAGGAUAAAACCCUAGCCUUCAGAAUGAAUGGUUACAUUUCCAAUGCAAACUACUCGGUGAAGAAGUGCAUCUUCUUACUCUUUAUCAACCAUCGUCUGGUAGAAUCAACUUCCUUGAGAAAAGCCAUAGAAACGGUGUAUGCAGCCUAUUUGCCCAAAAACACACACCCAUUCCUGUACCUCAGUUUAGAAAUCAGUCCCCAGAAUGUGGAUGUUAAUGUGCACCCCACGAAGCAUGAAGUUCACUUCCUGCAUGAGGAGAGCAUCCUGGAGCGGGUGCAGCAGCACAUCGAGAGCAAGCUCUUGGGCUCCAAUUCCUCCAGGAUGUACUUCACCCAGACUUUGCUACCGGGACUCGCUGGCCCCUCUGGGGAGAUGGUUAAAUCCACAAGUCUGACCUCCUCUUCUACUUCUGGAAGUGGUGAUAAGGUCUAUGCCCACCAGAUGGUUCGUACAGAUUCCCGAGAACAGAAGCUUGAUGCAUUUCUGCAGCCUCUGAGCAAACCACUGUCCAGUCAGCCCCAGGCCAUUGUCCCAGAGGAUAAGACAGACAUUUCUAGUGGCAGGGCUAGGCAGCAAGAUGAGGAGAUGCUUGAACUCCCAGCCCCUGCUGAAGUGGCUGGCAAAAAUCAGAGCCUGGUGGGGGAUACAACAAAGGGGACUUCAGAAAUGUCAGAGAAGAGAGGACCUUCUUCCAGCCCAGGCAAUCCCAGAAAGAGACAUCGGGAAGAUUCUGAUGUGGAUAUGGUGGAAGAUGAUUCUGGAAAGGACAUGACUGCAGCCUGUACCCCCCGGAGAAGGAUCAUUAACCUCACCAGUGUUUUGAGUCUCCAGGAAGAAAUUAAUGAGCGAGGACAUGAGAUUCUCCGGGAGAUGUUGCAUAACCACUCCUUCGUGGGCUGUGUGAAUCCUCAGUGGGCCUUGGCACAGCAUCAGACCAAGUUAUACCUUCUCAACACCACCAAGCUUAGUGAAGAACUGUUCUACCAGAUACUCAUUUAUGAUUUUGCCAAUUUUGGUGUCCUGAGGUUAUCGGAGCCAGCACCGCUCUUUGACCUCGCCAUGCUUGCCUUAGAUAGUCCAGAGAGUGGCUGGACAGAGGAAGAUGGUCCUAAAGAAGGACUUGCUGAAUACAUUGUUGAGUUUCUGAAGAAGAAGGCUGAGAUGCUUGCAGACUAUUUCUCUUUGGAAAUUGAUGAGGAAGGGAGCCUGAUUGGAUUACCCCUUCUGAUUGACAACUAUGUGCCCCCUUUGGAGGGACUGCCUAUCUUCAUUCUUCGACUAGCCACUGAGGUGAAUUGGGACGAAGAAAAGGAGUGUUUUGAAAGCCUCAGUAAGGAAUGUGCUAUGUUCUACUCCAUCCGGAAGCAGUACAUAUCUGAGGAGUCGACCCUCUCAGGCCAGCAGAGUGAAGUGUCUGGCUCCAUUUCAAACUCCUGGAAGUGGACUGUGGAACACAUUGUCUAUAAAGCCUUGCGCUCCCACAUUCUGCCUCCUAAACAUUUCACAGAAGAUGGUAAUAUCCUGCAGCUUGCUAACCUGCCUGAUCUAUACAAAGUCUUUGAGAGGUGUUAAAUAUGGUCAUUUGUGCACUGUGGGAUGUGUUGGUUCGUUCUUUGUAUUCCGAUGUUGUUGGGAGCACUUAAGACUUACAGUUGCCUUCCAACUAACUGGUAGUGUUCUUUUAUACAUGGUGGAUUGAUUACAAAUAAAUAGUCAGAUGUGUCCUAACAUAAUUUCUUAUUUAAUUUUAUUAUGUGUAUAUUGUGUCAGUUCAGAUGUCUUUUAAAAGAGGUCCUGAACAUGUCACAGGCUCUGAUGGCAUUGACCAUGGAGAAAGCUUGACUUGAUCAUCUAGUGUAUUCAAUAACCAAAGCUA